AUGAAAUACAUGAUUGUGGUAUUGUUAGCCUUAGCAGCUACAAGCUAUGCUUCAAAAACAUAAGAUCAAAUCUUAGCACUUUUAUAAACUGGAACAAAAGCAAGUGAUGCUAUUGAUACAGUGUUUGGAUUGUUGAAUGAUUUGAAAUAAUCAAAUAUUGAUGCUUAAUUUGCUGCAGACUAAAAGAAUGAAACAGAUGAAUGGAUUGGUGCUUAAACAAUUGAAUAAUUCACCAAAAUCAAAGCCUUGAAUCAAAAAUUAUUCUAACAAGCAGUUGAAAAUAGGGCUGAAUAUGAAUAAGUCUUACAAUAAACCAAAAAUUAUUUGGCUUGGAACGAAGCAAGAAGAGAUUCAAUUGCAGCUAAAAUUGAAACAUUACAAGACAAUUAAUGCUUUAGCAAUCAAUUAUUUGUUAAAUCAAUCAAACACAAUCAAGAAGCCCUUGAAGUCAUCAAACUUCUCAAAUAAGAUGUUGCUGGUUAUAUUAUAAAUGGAGAUUCAUUCGAAUUUGCAUAAGUUCAAGUUUAAUCAGUCGCUGAGAAAUUAAAGUAAUAUAGCAAUUUGUUCUAAGAACAUCAGAUAAAAUCAUUUUUAGCUUUAGCUUCAGGAGAAUAAGAAUAAUAAUCUGGAAGUACAUUGGCUGAAAAAGUCUUGGCUGUCCUUGAAGGAUUGGAAAGCGAAUUAGAAGCUUCAUUGGAGAAUUUGAAAUAGAAUGAAAUCAACGCAUCCUGGGAAUUAGCUGGAUGGGUUUCAUUGUCUGAAGCUGAAAUAACAAGUUUGGAAGUAGAAUAUGAAAGAAAAUAAGUAUUUGCUGAUAGAACUGCUACUUAAAUCCAAGCUGCCUUGGCCUAAUAAGCUAAAUCUAAGAUUAUUCUAUAAGAAUCCCAAGAUGCCUUAGAUUAAGCCUAAUCUGAUUUGGAAUCCAAGAGAGCUGAUUACGAAGAAGCUAAGGCUAAGAGAAAUGAAGAGAAUGCCAUUUUGGAUGAGGUUAUCAUAAUGUUCAAGAAAUAAGUUGCUUCAUGGUCUGGAAGAUGAAAUUAUUGAUAGAUAUUAAAGAAUAUAUCAAUUAUUCAACAAA